AUGUUCCGUGCGGUAAAGCGUUUCUACUCGUCCCAAGCAUCUAGUAUAGACGCCCAGCUGGCUCGUUUGAGUAAAGAGUCUAAGAUCUCACUUACCUCCCAGGAGUUGAUAGAUAGACCUCAAUUGUGGAAAGGCCUGCCACCAUCAACGGUUGUUGAACUCUACAGGGCCAGAGUCAUCUCACAGGGGAAAAAUUACAAGCGCUCGGAGGAUGAGUUGAAGGCUAUUCUAUCCUGUGCUAGUAAUCCGUUAGAGGCACAAACUCUCUAUGGUAUCUACAACUCCACCGAGGGAGACAUCUAUAAGGCAGAUUCGGAAACUGAUUACGAGAACUACAUUGUCGAAGGUGAAUAUAUGGAAGACCCUCUUGAGCCGUACGGAUUCGAUGAAUAUCCUACAUCUGCACAAGAUAUUGUUCGUGAUUUCAGAGAUUUGUUAGAAUUCAAUAGAAAGGCGGCUUAUGAAUUGCCACAGUUGGCCAAGUUCAGGAAGGCAUACAAACCUAGUGAAAACACUCCAGUGACCUAUAAAUAUACCAGAUUUAUUGGGGAAUCUCAUCCGGGUGAACGUAAGGUUGUGUUAUCUUUGAAACUGAAAGAUUUGAAUUUAUCUCCUCUAGCUGAACAUAAAUUCAAACUAUUAUCUGGCCCAAGGUACAACCACAAAACCGAUGUCUUUUUGAUUUCUAGUGAUAACUACUUGGAGCCAGCGCAGAAUGCAUCGUUCUUAUCCACUGUUCUCAAUGAUUUGGUCAAUGAAGCAAACAAUAACCCAGAAGAAUUUGCAGAAUUGCCACUAGAUAAAAGACACACUAAUUCAAUCUACAAAAAGAAGCAAACCAGAGGCAAGCGUACCAUUCCAUUCCCUAAAGAGUGGGAACAAAAACAAUCACCAGAUGAUAUCAAGGUAUCAAUCAAAAACUAA